UCAACAUGAAGAAUCUUUCCUUAUUGGUUUCCUUCUACUUCUCUCUCUUCUCGCUCUUACUUUUUGGAGAGACUGAGGCAGGUGAACAAGCACAAAAUAGGAGUGUGUACAUAGUUUAUAUGGGGGCUGCGACUUGGCCAAAUGGAACCUCCAGAGAUGACCACUCUCACCUUGUAACCUCUGUCAAGAAGGUUAGUAAAAGAACUAUAAAGCUACUGGUACAAACCUACAAACAUGGUUUCUCUGGAUUUGCUGUUCGAUUGACCAAGGAGGAGGCAGAUUCAAUAGCACGAAGACCAGAAGUUGUCUCAGUGUUCCCCGAUCCAGUCUUGGAUCUCCACACGACCUGAUAAUGGGACUUCCUGAGAUAUUAAACUGAUCUAGAAAUCGAUUCCACUGCUCGUUCGGAUGCUGACUCCUCUCAGGGAUCUGACACCAUAAUUGGGAUAUUAGACACAGGUAUUUGGCCAGAGUCACAAAGUUUUAACGACAAGGGUAUGGGCCCAAUUCCAUCAAGGUGGAAGGGGACCUGUAUGGAAGGCCAAGAUUUCACCUCGGCACAUUGUAACAGGAAACUCAUCGGAGCAAGAUACUACAAUGAUCCUGAAGACAACGAUCCCAGAACUCGUACACCGAGGGAUAAGGUUGGCCACGGCACUCAUGUUGCAUCGAUAACAGGUGGAAGCCCAGUCCCUGGAGCAUCAUACUAUGGCCUAGCAUUGGGCACAGCCAAAGGCGGAUCCCCCACCUCAAGGAUUGCUAUCUACAGUGUCUGCAAACCCACUGGCUGCAGUGGCUCUGCUAUCCUGGCAGCAUUUGAUGAUGCAAUAGCUGAUGGGGUGGUUGAUGUAUUAUCAGUUUCACUGGGAUCGUCAGAUGAUAUGACACCUGAUUUCUCAUCCGAUCCUAUAGCCAUCGGAGCAUUCCACGCAGUUGAGAAGGGCAUUACUGUGGUCUGCUCUGCUGGGAACAGCGACCCCACACCCCAGACAGUUGCAAAUGUUGACCCCUGGAUUCUGACUGUUGCUGCCACCACCAUCGACCGUGAUUUUCAGUCUGUUCUUGUCCUGGGUAACAACAAAGUCAUUAAGGGUGGAGGCAUUCAUUUUGGUGACAUACAAAAAUAUGCCAUUUAUCCCAUGAUAUAUGGGAUGGAUGCCAAGUUGGGUUCCAAUUAUAUCGAUGAUGAUAAUGAAGCAAGGAACUGCAACCCAGGGGCAAUAGAUGAAGAGAAAGUGAAGGGGAAGAUAGUUGUGUGCGAUAAUGAAAACAAUCGCUACUUAAUUGAAGACAAGGUAGGGGAAGUGGCCAGCCAAGGUGGAAUUGGAGUGGUUUUGGUUGACGAUGAGGCAAGGAUUGUUGCUUCAAGCUAUGGAUCUAGUCCAGUGUCAGUGAUCACUUCAAACGAAGCUGCUGAAUUACGCUUGUACCUUGACUUCACCAGGUACCCAGUUGGGACAAUUCUUCCAACAGUGUCUUUGACAAAUUAUAAGCCAGCUCCCAAGGUGGCCUCCUCAUCCAGAGGUCCUUCAUUCAGCACAAAGCGUAUUCUCAAGCCUGAUAUUGCAGCGCCAGGAGUGGACAUUCUUGCAGCAUGGCCUGGCAAUGACACAGAACAUGCUAUCAAGGGAAAAGGCACUCCACUCUUCUAUUUGCUCUCGGGAACUUCCAUGUCAUGCCCGCACGUUUCAGGCAUUGCUGCCACGGUUAAAUCUCAGUUCCCAAACUGGAGUCCCUCUGCAAUCAAAUCAGCCAUAGUGACAACAGCAACUCAAACCAAUAACAUGAAGGACACAAUAACAACAGAUUCAGGGUCAGUUGCCACACCUUACGAUUAUGGUGCAGGGGAAGUAAUCACAACAGGGUCAUUACAGCCAGGAUUAGUUUAUGAGACAAACACAAUCGAGUACCUGGAGUUUUUCUGUAACUAUGGCUACGAUACAUCCUCUAUCCACAUUAUGUCAUCAAAAGUUCCAGAUGGAUUUAAAUGUUCUGAGACUGCAAGGAGUAAUUUAAUCUCCAAUAUGAACUAUCCAUCAAUAGCCAUCUCCCAUUUUGACGCAGAAGAAGGAAAAAAGGUUAUCAGAACCGUCACAAAUGUUGGUGUUGAGGAUGAAACACUUUAUAUUGCAUCCAUCAGUGCACCUAUCGGAUUGGAUGUCAAGGUGAUACCUGAUAAACUACAGUUUACAAAGACCAAGAAGAAGCUAAGCUAUGAAGUGAUCUUUGCAUCAUCUACAGCUUCAACAAAUACAGAUAUGUUUGGUUCAAUUACAUGGUGUAAUGGAAAAUACAGAGUCCGGUCUCCAUUUGUUGUAAGCAGAUAA